GGUGAAACCUCAUUGCCCUGUCAAGUGUCAGACACAUAUUCUUUACAAGACAGACAAGAAAUUGUAGAAGGAAGUCUGGCAAAAUGAGUUUUCUUGCGGGAAGACUAGCAGCAACAGAGGGCGCCUAUUUCUUAAACGAAUCCAAACAAGCCGUCGCUCGUCUCGCGCGGAAGAAACCUCCUUCGUCAUCGCCCACAACCGCUAAUUCCGUCGCCCGGAACGAAGAUUCCGAAGCUGCAGAUGUUCUGCCAGAGGUUUUAAGGCAUUCACUGCCGCCUAAGAUCUUCCGAUCUCCGCAGUCUUCAACUUCUUCGGACUCACCUCUUACAGCAGCUACCAAAUGGGUCGUCCGAAGUGACCCAAGUUCCACUUCAUUUGUGUCCCCUGAUGCUAUGAACCCUCUCAAAGCUUAUGUUUCUAUUCCCCAAGUCACCUUUGGACCUAAAAGAUGGCAGCUGCCUAGCUCUGAGAACCCAUUACUCGCCUCAACUGCAAAUGAAUUGCGAAGUGACAGACAAACCACAGUUAAUCCUGAAAAGCUAAGGGCUGCAGCUGCAGGCCUAUCUCGAAUUGGCAAGGCAUUUGCUGCUGCUACAACUUUUGUCUUUGGUGGUGCCGCCUUGGCAUUUGGAUUGGCUGCCUCUAAGAUGGAACUUCACAAUGCUGAUGAUGUAAGGACCAAAGGAAAAGACAUUAUUCACCCAAGAUUCGAAGCGCUCAAGGAGCGGCUGAGUCCUUUGAGAACUUGGGCGGGUGAUGUGUCAAAGAAAUGGCAUUGGGAAAGGGAAGCAGGCCUUAAUAAGGAGAAGACUAUGAUGGUAAAGGAGCUUUCCAAAAUCCUUGGGGCAAAGCCAUCCAGCUAGCUACUUAGCUGUCUCCAUGAUUUUGUGUAAAUAGACAUUGUUAGUAAGCUGAUCUCAAAAUCUUUUGGUAAUAAGGCUUGUAUGUUGUAGAAAUUGUUAGUAACAAUAAUAAAUAAUAAUGCGCAGAUGUGCUUAGGGGUGGAUUCGGGCCGGGCCGGGUCCGGGCCGUGCUGGGUCGGGCCUAGGCCCAGGCGGGCCGACGGUUCUGGAUAGGUGGGCCCGAGACCGGCCCGGGUAGCCACCGGGUCCGGGCCGGGCCGGGUUGGGGCUCGGAUCAAUUUUUUUCCUUUUCCUAAUUAACCCCCCUCCCACCCCCAACCCCCACCCAAACCACCCCAAAUGGCCCAAAAUACCCAGCCCAACCCGAAAAGUUAAAAAAAAUGAAAAAUAAAAUAAAAUAAAAGCCCGGAACCGAGCCCGUACCAGUCGGGUUUACCCGGACCGGUCACAGGCCUGCACCGAGAACCCCCCAGGCCGGGUCUACCUGGACUGGUCACAGGCCGGGCCGGUUCAGCACAGUGCCGGUCCCGGGUCAGGCCACCCGGCCUGAGUCCACCCAUAGAUGUGCUUGUUUGUUGCAUUAGUAGUAAAAUAUUGUUGUUGUUGUGCCAUUAAUACAACGGUGAAAAGACAGAUUUAUACGAAGUAUAUGUAAAUGAUCAUUUGAAGAUGUUAUAUUCUCCCAGCCAAUUGCAGUGAG